AUGGAGCUCGACCUCGAAGUAACGCCGCCUCUCUCGCCAACUAGCAUCGCAGAAAGCAAGCGGCAGCAACGUGAAUCGAUUUGGCAGAGCGCCGAUAUUGAUACCAAAGAGAUUCUUCGACAACUCGUGCUCUCCAAUCCGUGGCCUGAGCUUGUCGCCUAUGACGGCCCGUCGUGCUCGUGCAAUGCUUCCCCGCACGAGUCAAACGCGGGAGAAGGUGGCCAGCCUAGUUGCGCCCUUAUUUCCAUGUUUUGUGCGAGGACGAUCCUCGACCUUGAAAAGCAGGUCAGGGCACGCGAAUACAGGAGGGAAUCGAGGUCGCUUGAGGACGAGGCUUCAGGGCUUCUUGACGAUAUCCUUGCUGAGCGGACUGUACAGCGGAUUGUUUCCAUUGGUCAACAUUUAAAAGGCGCCCUCCGCAUGGGCCCCUCGGAACUCUUGGACGUACCUCUGUUCGAACAAGUGUUCCUUUCAUCGAAUCGGAUAGAGCGUUUCACGUCUUAUGAAAACAUACUUUCUGUCCUUGAUGUGUGUGACCACAGUCAAUUAUGCAAGGACAACGCGCGGCGGAUUGCUUCGACUGUCAUUUCUGUCCUUGAUGUGUGUGACCACAGUCAAUUAUGCAAGGACAACGCGCGGCGGAUUGCUUCGACUGUCAUCACCCAGUUCUCCCAAAGCGUGGUCUGCGUGAAGCUCUCGCUUCCUUCUUUGGAUCAGGACUUGUUUAUCGUUUUCGAUCCCCAUCGACGAAGUGACCGUCCCAACGGACCUAGCUUCAUGCUGAGUACAUCGCGUAUCACGACCGCGACGUUCCUUAAUUGCCUCCUCGACAGCCCCGCGCCCCAUGACGUCACGGGACUCGACAAUCCUCCAACUCACCAUGCUGCUGACUACUUUAUGGCCCAUCUUCUCAGCGCCAAGGACAGCUACCACAGGAUAUCAACCUUUCAGAAUGAGCAGAUGCUGCGCGAGUCCUUCCUCUGUACACACGAGGAAGCGUUAAGCUCAAGCAUCGACUACGUCAACCUUUGGAACCAUCUUUUGACACCUGACGUAGGGCCAAGCAGUACCGGCAGAGCGUCUUACAGUGGAAGCUCCCCAGUAUCGACAUCGUCGAGCUCAAACUCAAGCUCGAAUUCUGAAACCCCUAACACUCAUCCACUUCCUCCUUUGCCUCUCUCGCCUCCUUCUAGAGGCCCCCGUGUAUCUGAGCCCUGGCAGUCCCUAUUGGAUCAGAUGAAAUUGAUAUCCCAGUCGCCUUCCUCGGACAUUGGUAUCAAGUUCUCCUUCGAGUGCGCAGUCUGUUUCGACACCUUCUCCAUUACUUCCGGUAUCCAGCUGUCAGGGUGCGACCACAGGUUUUGUAAAGAGUGUCUGAGAGGUCAUGUACAGAGCUUCCUGGACAAUGGUCGUUAUCCGAUUGAAUGUCCUGUCUGCUUGCUUGACCGAGGUAUAUCGGACCCAGGCAACGUCACUUACUUUGUUCUCGACCGACUUCACCUCCCACGGGAAUGCUCGGACAAGUUCCAGGAACUCCAGAUUCUGCAGCACUCUGUCAAAAUAGAAUGCCCCAAGUGCUUCAACUCGAACUGGGUUUCUCGCAAAGACUAUCUCCUCGCCAAAACCCUCAAUUGUCCUCUUUCGGACUGUCUCAACAAAUGGUGCAAGUUUUGCUCGAAGGCACUUUCGGGUUCCAAGGGCAAGCAUUCAUGUAAGGGCGACGGCUUCGAGAAGCUCAUGAAGAAAAAAGGAUGGAGGUACUGUCCUGGCUGUACGAUGCCUGUCCUGAAAGACUCGGGCUGUAAUCAUAUGGCGUGCGUUGCCCCAGGGUGUCACACCCACUUCUGUUAUAAGUGCGGAAAACAUAUCGUCACUUCGGCGACAGGCCGGAACGUUGGUGAGGAGGUGACGCUUCAUUAUAACAACGGAUGUCGACAAUUUGAGAGGAAGUGGAAGUGCACGAUUCAGUGA